UGCCGCAACUGCGAUUACCAGCAAGAGGCCGACAACAGCUGCAUCUACGUCAACAAGAUCACCCACGAGGUCGACGAGCUGACGCAGAUCAUCGCUGACGUCUCGCAGGACCCCACCCUGCCCCGCACCGAGGACCACCCCUGCCAGAAGUGA